GUCGAUCAUGGGGCGUUUAACGGCAUUGGGAAUAAUAGCAUUGGUAGCCUCAGCGGCCGCGGCGCCUGCGCCCCAGUUCUGUCCGUGUCCGUGCGGGCCUCCGCCGCCGUGUCCCUGUCCCGCGCCGCCAGCCCCGCCGGUACCUCCUCCAUGCCCCUGCGAUCCUUGCGCUCCUCCACCUUCACCCUGCGGCGAUGGGCCAGUCAAGGUACUUCUCCAAAAGAACCCGACCCCCGAGCGUCUACGAUCAGCUGGUUUCCAAGAAAUCGCCGUCCCCGGAGGCACCUUCUACAUCAGCGCCUCCCCUGACGUGAUCAUCCAACCUCCCGCGAUCUUGGUCCGUCCUCCUCAACAGGCUGCGAUCACUCCACCAGCUUUGACGGUUCAGCCACCAGCAAUUGCUCCAGUUACUCCCCCAGCGAUCAUUGUAAGGCCACCUCCUCUACCUGCGAUCACUCCCCCACCAGUGUUGGCCCGUCCUGGACCGUUGUCUCCCAUCCAACCACCUCCUCUAGUUGUGAGGGUGCCGAAACCUGCUCCAAUCCAGCCAGCGCCUAUCAGCGUGACUCAGCCGCGUCCGUCGCCGAUUCAUCCCGCACAGAUUGUAGUAAGGCCCCCUAAGCCUCAGACUAUCCAGCCCCCUACGAUUUGUGUGUCGACUUCGUCGCUGCAGCCCCAGCAGUCGUCAAAUCAGUUGUCACAGCAGCUGGGUCAGCAGCUUUCACAGCAGCUUUCACAGCAGUUGUCACAGCAGCUGACUUGUGGCCAGCCUGCCCCAGCGCCUAGCCCGUGCCCAUGCUCAUGUGCUUGCCCAUGCGAGAAUCCUCCACCACCAGCCCCACCGUGCGGAUGCGAGCCUCUCCCUCCUCCUCCGUGCUCAUGCGAGCAGCCACCUUCGCCUUGCUAA